CUUGUUUUGUAAAGUAUGUAUUGUGGUCAUGUGAAUAGUCACUACUAAUCUUGUGUAUUUUAAUAAUUAUAUGUAGUAGAAGCAGCCAGAACGGUGUAUUACAAAACUCUCCAGGAUGAGUUCACACGUAUGACUUUCCAUGUACACCCAACUGAACCAUCGGGCUGUAGCAGCCGGCAAAACAGCGAAACAGUGGGCACGUCGUAUACCGCGUGUCUUGUACAAAGCUGCAGCAUGCGUUGCAAUCUGCUGUAUCUUGGUAUUCUCUCAGUUCAGCACCAAUAUUACCAGUUACCCAACUCACUUUGUAGCCCCGCGUAGUCCCACCAAAGCCAACAUUUCGCCACCCAAACGAGCGCUUGCCAUGACCUGCCCUAGUAGAGAGACCGCAGAGCACCACCCACUAUUAGGCAGAUGGAUUCACAAUGCUGCCGAUCCCUUCCUGGGUGUAUCUGCUGUGGCCGAUGAGCUUGUGAGUAUGCGAUUCCCAUAUCCCAUGUAUGUGCUGGCAUUCAAGAAUGAACGGGAUGCCACACGUCGUUGUCACGAAGUGGUGAACUCAGUUUCUGCGUCAGGCUUGGUGGUUAAAUGCAUUGAGUUGCCGCAAAACGUUCCAACAGGAUAUGGGUACGCGAAAAUCGAUGCAAUGAUGCACUUGACUACUGAGACAGAUAUAGACGAGGUUAUCUUCCUGGAUUGUGACUCCCUGCCGGUUGCCAACAUGACCAAUGUGUUUGCAAUGCUGUCAAGUGGGGGCUCAUGGCGUGGUGAGCUGCCACAACAACUGUCGCCAUCGGUUGGCCAUAGCGUAGAUCACGUUGCUGCCGUGUUCUGGGGGGAUAUAGAGGGGCACUAUGAUCCGUCGAUUAAGAUUAUCGAGCAGAAGUAUUCAGCACUGCACAACAUUGAUAUGGCACGGCGCCACGCCGCAGUCGAGAAAUCAAAGUACUAUGACUCUUACCAUAUGCGGAUGGGAUGCGACACGGGCAUCAUGCUUGUCAAUCUGCGACGCUCGCAGGCUGCUUUGGAAUUGCUUGUGGAGCUGAAAGACAAUACGGUGUUUCAGGACGUGUCGUAUGGCGAUAAAGAUCUGUGGCGUUUGGCGUAUCACCUCACAGACACGCCGUUCCGACUGUCCCCAUACGUAGGUGCGCUGGGAUCGUUCGACAGCAAUAAACAGUUCUUAUUUGCGAGCCAAGCCAAGCACAACGACAACGGAGACAUCAUCUCGGUGCAUCAGCUUUGGUUUCCCUCGAGGCACGAGCCGUACUUUCAAGCAAUAGCCGCAAACGCCGACGAAGCACUGGAGUCCACACUCGGUGCGGAUGUGUGGUACGUCCCUGCUGAACCGAGAAUAGCCCUCUCGCCCAAGGAAAAAAAAACACGCUUCAGAAAUUGUUUGAUACGUAUGAAGGACUUUAUUGGGAUAAGCUGGAUCCCCACCCGACAAAGCAUCUGGGGGCACGCGUCCACGUGCGCUUCUCUCUGGCAGAAAGGCCAGACUACCUGCCCUUGUACUUGGACGGGCUGUGGGAAAAAUGGUCUGUGGAACUCGGCAUAGAUGAGCUAUUGACCACGCCCAACCAGGUACUGGUCAAGCUCUAUGCUCUGGCUGACAAGUGGGCGUACGCCGACUUCACUAAAUACUUAUGAGCGGUGACAGCGCAAUUGCCCUGCACGACGCCCAGGAGAACCUCUGCAGUCGCUCCCUUGACUGCAAGCGGUGCUGUGGAUCUCAUGGUUCGUACACGACUAACUAUGCCAUUUGUAUCCGUCUCUGUAAUCCGUUAGAGGCACGCCAGUGCGCUAAGCACGUGCCAUCAGGGCCAAAAGAUCUCCUGAGGUCCUCCAUGCCGACAUGUAUUAAUGCCGCCGUAUUUGCGAUAGAACUUUGAUAGAACUGUGUAGACCCAUGAUUCGCGUAUUACUGCAUAGACCCAUGAUUGUCGGUGUAAGUGUUGGAACGGGUUAUAGACUUAGUUCAUCAACGACAUGGCAGAGGAGUAUUCGGAAGUGUGCUUGGAGGCUGCGAUGGGUUCUGAUAACAUCACGGUACUUGGAGAGAAGUGUCCACGUGUGCAGUAGACCCCGUUCCUUAGCAGUGCAGCGAGGACUCAUACCGGUCGAAAGGAGCUCCAGUCUUUCAGUUGUCACAUCCAUAUGCGCAGUAACCUAUAAUAACUGGAAAGUGUACCAACCUAUACUUGAAAGUGCGGCGAAUGGCUGGAACGCCCUCGAUGAGUACAAACACACGGCAUUUGGCGCGCUCGCUUCGCUCAACGCAGCUGGAGUGUUUACCAUAUCACAA